AUGUCCAAGUCAUCAGUUGAAACAUAUUCUUUAAUUGAACUUCCAUCAAUUUCAACACCUUCGAAUCCAAAUCGUCGACAAAUGCCAAUGAAUAAUGAUGAUCAAAAAACAAAAAUUACUGAAUCCUAUACACCUGAAAAUGGUUCACCGGCUCGUAGCUCUCCUGCUCGUGUUCGUUUUCUUGAACCUUAUUCUGCUAAUAAUACAACACCAAAAAGUUCAAAAUCAAUUAAAAAUGUUCCAUCAUUUGAAAGUUUUGAAGCAUCAUCCAUAGAAAAUCUCAACGAUCUUCAUCAUGAUGGACCUAAUUCUGUUAGUCGUGGCCUUCAAACAGAUAUUAGUAAUGCAUCAGUGAUUGACUGGGUAUUAGGACAAAAGAGUUCAUCGACUGGCGAUAGUGUCUUUCGAAAUGAACAAGCUCCAGAUCUCAGUACAGAAAAAGAUCGUGUGCGUGUUAUUGUUCGUGUUCGACCAGUAAAUAAUCGUGAAACGGAAAAAAAUGAUCGAUCAGUAGUACAGUGCGAAGGUGAAAAUUCUAUUUUAGUCGAAGGUGCACAACAUAAUCGACGAUUUACAUUUGAUAGUGUUUUUGAUGUAUCAUCAACACAAGAAGAAGUAUUUCAUUAUAGUGGCAUCAAACGUUUAGUCGAUAUGGCUAUUGAAGGAUAUAUUUCAACUUGUUUUGCAUACGGUCAAACUGGUAGUGGAAAAACACAUACCAUGAUUGGUCCUGGAGGCGCUGCCAUUUUUCGUAUGGAUGAAAAUUAUCGUAUAAAAAACUUUGGUUUAGUUCCACGAGCAAUUAAUUAUUUAUUUCAACAAUUACGAGAAAAAGCUCAAGAAACAAAUACUCCUUAUUAUAUCCGUGUAUCCUAUUGUGAAAUCUAUAAUGAACAAAUUCGUGAUUUAAUUAAUCCAUCACAUAGUGAAAGUUUACAAGUACGUGGUUCAAUUGAAGAUGGAUUCUAUGUUGAAAAUCUCUUUCAAACAUAUAUUGAAACUAUGGAUGAAUUAUUAACAAUACUUGAAGAAGGCGAAUUAAAUCGUGCUAUGGCUUCACAUAAUCUUAAUGAUACGUCAAGUCGUAGUCAUGCAAUGCUUUCAAUACAAAUUGAACAAGAUUUACAAGCUACUGAUGAUCCUAAAGAACAAAGGACUCGACAAGGAAAAUUAGUUUUUGUUGAUUUAGCUGGAAGUGAAAAAGUCAAAGUAAGUCUUUCGAAAGGCAAACAACUAACCGAAACCAAUAAUAUCAAUAAAAGUUUACUUACACUUGGUACAUGUAUUUCGGCAUUAAGUGAUCCUGUUAAACGUGCUGGUCAUAUUCCAUAUCGUGAUUCAAAAUUAACACGUCUAUUAGCAGAUAGUUUAGGUGGACAUGGAAUAACUUUAAUGAUUGCAUGUAUAUCUCCAGCAAGUUCAUGUGAAAAUGAAAGUUUAAGUACAUUACGUUAUGCUAAUCGUGCAAAAAAUAUUGAAAAUGCUCCUAUAAUAAAAACGGAUUCAAAAGAAAAUGUUAUUAAUCGUUUAAAACGUGAAGUACGAAAAUUAAAAGAUGAAAAUUAUGAAUUAAGACAAAAAUUAGGCAUUCAAACAAAUACAUUACCUAAACUUAAAAAUCGUAGUUCAGAGUCCGCUUCACUAACAUCAAUGCGUUCUUCAGCAAGUAUUGAUACAUAUGAUAAUCGUCAAGAUAAUCAAGAUCGAUUGAGUGGUACAACAACAAAAAAAAUUCGAACCGAUCAUGAAAUAUUAACAAGAGAAAAUGAAAAACUUGUUAGAAAACUUGAUCAAGUUAUGAGAGAACAACAAACACAGCCCGGUGAUAAACAUGUUAUUGUUGUUGAAGAAGAUCCUUCAGGACAAGAAUUAAAUUCAUCAUAUAGUCGUCGAAUGAAUAAAAAUUAUUCUCAAGAAUCGAAUAGAGACAUAUCAGAACUUGUACGUCAACCAUCUUAUGCAACAAGAUAUCGAACUACUCGUGAGAGAUAUCCUGAUGAUACUUCACCUCAACGACGUACAGCAACGAUUGUACGACGUGUACCAGAUACAGCUGUAGUAGAAGGUAAACAUCAUCAAAAUUAA